GCGCUGGCCGUUGCCGUGGCGACCGCGCUGGCUUCCUACUUGAGCUUCUAAGGGACCAUUUACUGCAGCUCAGCUGGCUUUUGAACUUGGAUCUGGAAUCCAUUCGUUCUUCACCACUUCAUUGUUUCCCAUUAGGGCAUCUUGUUUUUGGUCUUAUGUUUGAUGAAAUGCAACCGCAAGCCGAGCCGAGCCUCUCAGCUGCAGUUACCGGUGCAGCAAGCCCAAGCGCCUCUACAGGCAAAGAGCCAUCGAACGCUGCUGUACCCAUGCAGACGUCGCACUAUAUGAACAUGAACUUGAGCAUGAACAUGAACAAAAUGGACGAGUAUGAAUCCGCUAAGUUACCAAGGCGUGCUGACAAUGUUACUACUGAUGAAUGGAUGCUCCCCCCAAUGACAAAGCUAGACAGACCGCAGAUGAGACCGAUAGCCGAGGGCGGAUAUGCUGCUCAGUCGUCGCAGCCUCAACUCGAUCACAAGUACAGCGGCCUGAAUUCUUCCAUCAGCCGCCCUAGCCGCCAUCGUCGCACCGAAUCCGCAGCAAGCAUUGCUAGCGCGGCUAGCAUCGCCGAUAUCAAUAUCGAAGACACGCGAACCGACACAGGCGUCACUGGCGAAGAGAUUGCUCAGUUCAUCCAAGGACCAGAGACGACGGAUGGGAAGUGGACUUGCUUGUUUGAAGACUGUGGAAAACAGUUUGGUCGCAAGGAAAACAUCAAAUCCCACAUCCAGACUCAUCUCAACGAUCGCCAAUAUCAGUGCCCUGCCUGCCGGAAGUGCUUUGUUCGCCAGCACGAUCUCAAGAGACACGCCAAGAUUCACACAGGCAUCAAGCCAUAUCCUUGCGACUGCGGCAACAAAUUUGCGCGCCACGAUGCUCUCACAAGACACCGUCAGCGAGGCAUGUGUGUUGGUGCCUUUGAUGGAAUUGUGAGGAAGAAUGUGAAGCGCGGACGCCCCAAGAAGAACCGCCCAGAGAUGGAUGCGCGCUUGGAAAAAUCUUCAAAGACUAGGAAGAAGAACAUGUCCAUCAGCUCCAUCUCUUCAUUUUCGGGAUACUCGGACGUUUCAGCCACCAAUUCCCCCAAUUAUGAACUCGACGUGCUCAACGAGGUGUUGGAUAUGGGAAUCGAGGCCGAGGCAGAGCCAAUGCGCCCACUUUCAUCAGCGCCCAUGCCUACCAUGCCCAAUCCAACAGCAAACAGCAUUGUCACAUCCCCUUCAGAAGCCAGCGUGCACUCGUAUGUGUCCCCGGAAGCAAUUAUGGAGAGAGCCUCACAUCCUUCCUCUCCUGGCAAGAGCACAUCAAGCCAAUACAACACACCGCCGGGUCUCUCUCAAUCAUCGUCGUCGCCGCCAUCAACGCAUUUCUUCGACUUGGACCCCGCGACGACAACAGCGGCAGCUGAUGACGUCGUCAACUACUCUGCCCCUGGUAUGAUGAUGAAUAUGACAUCGAUGGGUGGGCCCAUGCCUCUGAGUAUGAAUGAGCAAGAGGAAGACUUGCUUCGCCAGUUCACCAACGAUGACAGCUUCAUACCACUGGACCGCGACCCGAGUUUAAUAAUAAUGCCCAAAUUCGACGAGUUCAAUGGUGUAGCCGUUGGCAUGAUCAACGACAACGGCUACUACUUUUAAUGGAAAUACUUGGAGCGUUCAAGCACUUAAUUACGCCAUGAUUUAUUCUGAGCCUGUCUUAUACUUGUCGAGCCUACUUUUACUUUGACGCGUUAAUUUUGGAACCCGGGUAUAGUGAUCGGGAUAAUGUUUCUUUCUACCCUGGGUUACAGGGCCUCUACUUUUUUUUCUCUCAAUCUCCUUGGUUUUAUAUCGU